AUGUCACGCAGUGGAGUAGAACCUCCUGUUCAGAGCCCGCUUCUCUCCUCCAGUUUCUGCUUCAGCCCGCGGUCAUGCGUUUGUGCGAAGGGCUGGUCAUCGGCCGUUUGGAAUGGCCUCCCCGAACCACUUCUGACUUCUGCUGGAUGUGCUGCGCCUGAGCCUUGGCUUCUUCCCGGCUGCAGCUCUGUCUUUGACAGCCUCGUCAGUAACGUCUCUCCGAUCCCGAUGUCUCCAGCAGCGAUCAGCCCGCGAGGGGGGGAAAGAUGUGCCAGCCACAAACCACGCAGGACGUCCAUCUUGGAGAGGUGCAUCCUAAAAGUGUCCUCCAGCAGUGUUGCUGUAGGGACAGACGAUCUGGACAAGAGGGCUUCUCUUGCUCGCUGCUACCCUCGCAUUCCAGACCCGAACACGGAGACCAACGCCGCGGUUCUCAAGCGCAGACGGAAGCAGAUCUUAUACGGCAAGAACACCAGUGGCUACCAGAACUACCUUCAGCAAGUCCCAAAACACUUAAGGGACCCCCAAAUCCACCCAACCACCCCCAACAAGUACAGGAAGUUCAGCAGACGCUCAUGGGACAUGCAAGUUCGUCUGUGGCGACGAUCGCUGCACCAGUGGGACCCGCCUUGCGAAACCCCAUCAGACACCUGCGACCUUGCGCUCGACCCUGUUGAACAACUGCAGAAACAGCUGGCCAAGAUGACCUCUGACCUGUGUGAUGAUGGAGAGAAGCGGAGAGAGAGGGAGACCAUUGCGGCCCCAAAGGCCUCUCUGUCUCCCCUGUCGGCUGACAUGUCGCCGGAGCUGCCUGGCACCUGGAACGUUCCGCUGUCACCGGAGCCCGAGAGGAGUCGCCGACCUCCUCGCUCUCCCCCUGGCCUCAGCUGCUCCCUCAGAAUUCAACUGACCAACCAGAACAUGGCCGACUGGCUGCACCUCCAGAUGGAGGGCGAGCAUACGGAAGAUUUUGGCGUAGACGAUCAACAGGUCCCGAUGGUUUCCGAUGAGUUCUUAUGGAAUCCCUACUGA